AUGUCGACUAAGGCUUGGCGGCCAUGGGCAGGGGCCGCAGGGGCAGGGGGGACAGACUUCUACCUCUCUAUUUCCCUCGUCAGCUAUCUUGACAAGAAAGUUCUUCUGCUGCUCUGCGAUGGCCGAUGCUUCAUUGGCAUACUUCGUUCUUUAGAUCAGCACGCCAACGCUGUUCUUGAGGGUGCCUUCGAGAGAGUUGUUGCGGGUCAUCUUUACUGUGACAUCCCUUUGGGUGUGUUCGUGGUCCGUGGAGAUGAAGUUAUUUUAACUGGCGAGCUGGGGAUGGAGGAGGAGCGUCUUCAACAUAUGACUCGUGUUUCAAUGGCAGAAAUCAAAAGGGCACGGAAAGAUGAGAGGGAGGCUGAAGAUCUUAAAAGAUCCAUAAGAAAAAGAGUACUGGGAUUCCUUGAUUUGGAUUAG